AUGGUAAUCACAAAGAUACCUUGGAUAAUCUCCAUUCGAUUCGUCAGUGGUCUAGGGUCGCACGAGCUGGCGGCCGCAGCUUUGUCCACUACUCUCUGCAAUGUGACUGGGCUGAGCUUUUCUGUCGGCUUAAGCGCUGCACUGACAACACUUACUGGACAAGCCAAAGGAGAGCUAUGCUCUAGAUUCAAGAAUCGAGACUCUGAGAGUGCCACGACAACACCAAUCUCAGUGGAACCGCUGACACCACUUAUUUUUCUCUUCCGAGGGCUGAUAAUUCAACUUGCAAUUGUGAUCCCGAUAGGCGUUUGGUGGUUGUUUGGUACCGAGAGAAUGCUCCUUGCUCUAGGUCAAGAGCAUGAAGUUGCCUCUAUGACAGAUCGUUACCUGAAAAUACUUGCCCCAGGCCUUUGGUCUUAUUCUGUCUCAUGGACUCUCACUGCAUGGGUACAGGCCAUUAAUUCGGGAGGUGAAAAUUUGGCCAUUAUACCUGCGAAAGCGGCAGUAUUGGGCCUUGUUUUUCAUGUUCCAUUUAACUGGUUCUUCGUCAACUACAUGAAUAUGGGCUACUUGGGGUGUGCCGUUGCGACCGUGUGCUUUCAGACCAUUCAGCCUGCCUAUAUACUUUACAGGCUCUUCGGUACAAAAUCUGCCCGAGCACGGGUGUUGGUUGCCAUGGGGGUCCUUGACGGAACUGGAAUUUCAUGGAAACAAGAGUUACAUCUGGCAGUUUCAUCGUUUCAGGGUUUCAUUCAGUACGGUAGCCUUGCAUUACCAGGCAUUGUAGUCAUUUCUGAAUGGUGGGCAUCUGAAAUAUCAAUUUUCCUCUCUGGACGCCUCGAACCAUUCCCGGAAGUGGCUCUUGGAGCAAUGACGAUCUAUCAAUCGAUCAACACAUUUUGCUUCAUGUUCCCUGUUGCAUUCAGCGUUUCAGCUUCGACUCGCGUAGCGAAUUUGUUGGGGAGGGGUUUUCCAAUCGAGGCUAAAUUUGCUGGUAAAAAUAGCAUUGCUUGUGCUGCGUGUGCUAGUUUUGGGAUAGGCUUUGCCUUGAUGAUUAUUCCACAUGGUUUCUUUCCGGCUUUAUUUGCCCCGAACGAGAGAGAUGUCACGAAAGAGACAAGCAAGACCAUCCCGCUUUUGGCAGCGUACGUGUUCGCGGAUGGUGUCCAGGUAGCUAUAAACGGGAUUGUGAAGGGUACUGGACGGCAGUGGGUCACUGUUCCAAUUGUAUUGAUUGCAUACUGGGUUGUUGGCGUGCCAUUGGCAUAUUACCUCGCUUUUGUACGAAACGAUGGGACGCUUUGUGAGGACUCAUAUUUUUGCGGUGUGCGAGGACUGGUAUUUGGCAUGACUAUCGGAACGUGGAUUCACAUGAUUCUUCUGGCGAUUGCAGUCUGGUUUACAACUGAUUGGCACAACGAGGCUGUAAAAGCAAAACAUCGAGUAAGAAGCCAUUAA